UACAUGGCUUCGAGAUUCUGUCUGAAAAAACCAAAAAGAAAAAAAGAAGAGACUGGAACCUCACUGCCUUGGUUCAAAUUCCAGCAGGGCCAGGAAGACUCCAUAUACAAUACCAGAUGAAGUAUACCCUGUAGUUUUUCAUUCACAAACAAAAAUAAGCUCCCAGCACUCAGGAGACUAAGGCAGGAGGACCCAGGCUAGCAUGGGCUACGUGGGGAGUCGGGGCUGGCCUGGACUAUACAGCAAUACCUUGUCUCAAGGUGGGGCCGAGUCUGGAUUCAGUCAGACCUGGAAUUGGAAUUUGAAGACAGUGCAGAAUCAAGGUGAAGCACUAAAAUCUGGACAUAGACCCAGGGCCAUCAAAACAAAAUUUGAGGGGCUGGGGAGAUGGCUCAGUAGAAUAAGCGCUUGCCUGGCAAGUGCAAGGGCCUGAGUUCAAUCCCGUUUCCGCCAAAAAUAAAUGAAUAAAUACAUUUUUUUAAGAAUUGAGAGUUCAGGCAGAUAAGUUGUUCAAACAAGGCACUUUGCUAUUUAUGACAAACACUGUGCCUCUCUGCCUCCGUUUCAUUCUCUGUUUGCUGAGGACAAUGCUAUUAUUCCUGCUAGAGUUACCUGAGCACUAGAUGGGAUUCCCACUUGGCACAGACGCUGGCAUGGUAGUGAAACUGGAAGAGCUGCAAGUAUUUCUGAUAAAACGGUGUUCACUGAGCCCCCACCCCACUCCAAGAAUUGAGGUGUUUCUAGUGGAGGGCAGGCAGGGUUGAAUGGCUGGUGACUGGACCGAACACAGGGGUUGGUUUGCUGCGUCACUCUGUUGGGGCCCUGCCCCUCUUAGGGCCCCUCUUGGUGGGGCCUCAGACUUUGAGAUAGCUCUGCUCCAAGAGUCUGAGGACUCAACCCAGCUGCAGAGGGAAAAGAGCAGAAGAGGGGCUCUGGGGGCUGAAGGGCAGGGGGCCUGGGAGGCUGCCAGCGUCACAUGAUCCCUCCCUCCUCUGGCCCCGGCCCAGCUCGGCCGGCCCCCUCCCACCAGGAGGCCUCCCUGUCCCCUAGCUUGGGAAAUAAACUGCAGAUAAGUCAGGGUGGGGACAGAGCAGGCUCCAGGCACGCCUAGGAGAGGAGCAAGGCGCUAGAAGGGCAAUAUGCACUUCCAACAAGACAGGUCGAGCACGGAGCUGCGCAAGGAGAAGUCCCGGGAUGCAGCCCGUAGCCGGCGCAGCCAGGAGACCGAGGUGCUCUACCAGCUGGCGCACACGCUACCCUUCGCGCGUGGCGUCAGCGCCCACCUGGACAAGGCCUCCAUCAUGCGCCUCACCAUCAGUUACCUGCGCAUGCACCGCCUCUGCGCAGCAGGGGAGUGGAACCAGAUGGGAGCCAAGGGAGAACCACUGGAUGCCUGCUACCUGAAGGCCCUGGAGGGCUUCGUCAUGGUGCUCACUGCUGAGGGAGACAUGGCUUACCUGUCAGAGAAUGUCAGCAAACACCUAGGCCUCAGUCAGCUGGAGCUCAUCGGACACAGUAUUUUUGAUUUCAUCCAUCCCUGUGACCAAGAGGAACUCCAGGAUGCCCUGACUCCCAGGCCCAGCCUGUCCAAGAAGAAGCCAGAGGCCCCCACUGAGCGGUGCUUCUCCUUGCGCAUGAAGAGCACCCUCACCAGUCGCGGGCGCACCCUCAACCUCAAGGCAGCCACCUGGAAGGUGCUACACUGCUCUGGACACAUGAGGGCCUACAAGCCCCCGGGUCACACAGCCCUGGCGGGGAGCCCCAGCUCCGAGCCCCCACUGCAGUGCCUGGUGCUCAUCUGUGAGGCCAUCCCCCACCCAGGCAGCCUGGAGCCCCCGCUGGGCCGGGGUGCCUUCCUGAGCCGCCACAGCCUGGACAUGAAGUUCACCUACUGCGAUGAGAGGAUUGCAGAGGUCGCUGGCUACAGCCCAGAUGACUUGAUUGGCUGCUCGGCCUAUGAGUACAUCCACGCCCUGGACUCAGAUGCGGUCAGCAAGAGCAUUCACACCUUGCUGAGCAAGGGCCAGGCAGUGACGGGACAGUACCGCUUCCUGGCCCGGAGUGGUGGCUACCUGUGGACUCAGACUCAGGCCACAGUGGUGUCAGGGGGCCGAGGACCCCAGUCAGAGAGUAUCAUCUGUGUCCACUUUCUGAUCAGCCGGGUGGAAGAGACCGGAGUGGUGCUGUCCCUGGAGCAAACUGAGCAACACUCGCGCAGACCCUCUCAGCGUGGCACCUCCUCUCAGAAGGAUGCCCCGAGACCUGGGGACAGGCUUGAUGCUCCAGGUCCCCGGAUCUUGGCCUUCUUGUACCCCCCCACCCUGAGCGAGGCCACCCUGGCUGCUGACCCCCGCCGCUUCUGUAGCCCAGACCUCCGCCGCCUCCUGGCACCCAUCCUGGAUGGGGCUGUAGGAACCACUACCCCCAGCACACCACAAGCCGCCCAGCGCCCACAGAGUCCUGUCCCGGCUGAUCUCCCAGAGGAACUGCUCGUAGGUGUAGAGCACACACACAGGCUCUGUGCUGCGGGGAAGAACCCGGAGUCUGAGGACAGCGACCUAGACAUAGCUCAGGGUGCCGACACUUUGGAUUUGGAGAUGCUGGCCCCCUACAUCUCCAUGGAUGAUGACUUCCAGCUCAGCUCCAGUGAGCAGCUGCCCAGGGCCUACCAAGGUCCUCCAGGGACUGUGCCCCGGCCCCGCGCACAGAGCUUCCAUGGCCUGUCGCCCCCGACCCCUGAGCCUGCUCUGCUGCCCCGAUGGGGGAGUGACCCUCGACUGAGCUGCUCCAGCCCUUCCAGAGGGGACCCUUCAGCAUCCUCCACCACUGCUGGGGCUCGGAAAAGGGCCCUGGCCCAGAGCUCAGAGGACGAGGGGGUUGAGCUGCUGGGCGUGAAACCCCCCAAACGGUCCCCCAGCCUAGAACCUGAAAACUUCCUGCUGCCUCCCGUCAGCCUGAGUUUCCUCCUGAUGGGAGGCCAAACCCCAGGGAUCCAGCAGGACCCACCCACCCACCUCCUGGACAUGAAUGAGCCUUUGGAAGGCCUGGGCCCCUCGCUGCUCUCUCUCUACCCAGAUGAGGAUGCUGUCCAGCCCAGGAGCCACUUCCUACCGGCCACAGGCUUGGCCCAGGCCCACUGAGCUCACGCCUUUCCUGCCUUCCUGCUCCCACCCACAGAGGACCUCAGCCACACUCCACACCGGCCACGACGCACGGAGUAGGCCUCACCAGGGUGCCCCGCCAGCCUCAGGCCCACCUCAGUGCCCCUUCUGUCCACAUCUAUUCAGGGGAUCUUUGGGGUGGCCUCAGCUCAGUGACCUCUGGGAGGGGGUCUCUGGCCCCCUCCUCCUGCUCUCAGGACUUCUUUGGGGUUCUCCACACGUGGUUACCUCACUCUUCCUUUCUCUUGGCUUUAUUUUGGGGACCUAGGGGUAGCGGGCUGGGGUCUCAGCUGUGUUUCUGGGCUCUGGAGAGCAUGGAUAACCACAAUCUUAUUUCUUUCUGUCCCUCUUCUAUUAUUGCUUUUGUGUUAUGGCUUUUAAUGACUAUGAGAUGCUGAGGACCCAUAAGACUGUAGGACUCUGGUCCUCAGGUGUCCAUGGGGGCAGGUUCCGAGACAGACCUCACCCUCCAGCGACUUCUGAGUGGGAGUCUCCCACACUGCCCCAGUUCUCUCUGUCCCUUCCACUCUGGACUUCCUACUGCCUCCAGCCUCACCUGGAAUAUGACUUCCUUCGUGGUCUUCCUGUUUUAGGGGUUGCCUCCAACUGCCUUUGCUUCCAGACCAUAGAGCCUAGACCUUGGUUGGUUCUAGAACACACAAGCUCUGGCCUCACUUGAGCAACCUCUGACCUUUCCUGCUGCUCGACUGUACAGCCUCCGACACGGUCUAGUGCAGACUUCACAUCCAUCAGAACCCUCUCAUUCCAGAUCUUGAGAUCUUCAGCGCUUUCUCAUCUGAGAUCUUAAAACCUCUGAGCCUGCUUGUUUUCAAACAUUCUGAGUUCCAAAGAUUGCUGUGAGCUACACAACCUCUAACUGCCUCUUGCUCUAGAGCCUUGGACCACCAGGUUCUGUUGGUCCUGGAGCUCAUUCUGUAACUCCUUCUGGUUCUAGACUUCCACAGCUUGGAGCUUCCGCUUGGCUCCAGGCUUUCUGACCUGUAGGACAUCUUGGUUCCAAAUUCAGACCUCUUAAUUUCUAAACCAUUUUGACUCCAAACCACAGGGUGCCUAAGCUCAUUCCUCCUCAACGCUCUGCACUCAUUAAAGAGAAGUAAAAUAAGCCUUGUAUCUCUGCCUUGUAAUCAGUUCUUCCAGAGCCAGAGAGCACAUGCUGUUUCUUAGGUUCAGGCCCUCACGGCCUCCACCAUGCACCAGUUCUAAACUACCCAAUCUCUAGACCUUGCACCCUCCAAGAUCCUCUGACCCAGAGCUCAUGAUCUGCUACUUCUCUGCUUCUAGUACUCAGCCACAAAAGUUAUGACUCUAGACCUCACCCUGGAAGUUCCCUAGGAUGGAUACCUUAGUUUCCAAAUCGCCAAGAUCCCAAUGUUGCCACCCCAGAUUAGCCUAGAUCUAGGGCUCAGUCUUCAAACUUCUUCUGAUUACACACUGUCUUAUACAUUUUAUGGUUUUAAACCUUACCCCAGUUCUUCUGAUUCCUGGGUCUUGUGACUUCAAAAUCUUCCUGGUUCUGCAGUCUUCCUCUUAUCAUCCUAUAAAUGUCUCUGGUGCUAGAGUUUUAAUUCCAAAUGCUUCUGAUUCUACCAUCUAGACUUUGUCCUGUAGAUCCCUUUGGUACCAACUCCUGUAAAGCCUGACAUCACAAUUCCAUACCUUCCUUACUCCAUUAUGGGCUUCCCACCCCAGCUAAACUGGUCCCAGUUCUUGCCCUUGGUCUUAAGUCUUCCAAUUCCAGAUGCCACACCCCCAGGCCCUUGCUUAUGAACUUCCCAUCUCUUAUUCCUAAGAUCUCUGUCCUAGAAACCCCCCGACUUCCCACCCCAGCCCUGCAGUCUUCCAUUUAUCUUGACUUUAGCCAGUGUCUAGGCUAAAUCAAUCAACUUCUCCAGCAGUAUAGGCACAGGUACAGCCCUACCUGCCUAUCUUGGGGUAGGGGGAGAUAGGCGAGGCCUUCCACUCUCUACCAUCAGCUAUAUCCUCCUAACCCUCAGCUGCCCUCCAUGAUGGUGCUACUCUUGUCUAAAAUGGGAAAACCAACCACCCUUUCACCCCCUCUUUGGGAGGCACCACUCACUGUUUUGUCAGGGGGUGGCCUGUCCAGAUUGGUGCUAUGAGGGGAAGGGUCUGAUUCCUCUGGGGGGUGACAUGGGCCUUCAUCAGGGGGAACUGUGCUAAGGAAGGGGCCCAGCCAUGCUGGCUCUGAAACCCACUAAUGUCCCCCCAAAUCACCAUAAAGACCUUGCCUUGGUA